AUGAACAGCUGGAGAAUCAUAAUUUGCCUACUGUUCAUCGCACAACGUGUUUCAAGUGGUGAAAUCUAUACAAAUGUGAGUGGUGGUGUAGUGACUAGUGAGGUGUGUGUUGACAUGGCUGAACGAUAUAUUAUACCGGACGAACGGAUAAGCACAGCAAAGAUAAGAUAUUCAAGUGUUGAACUAAAGAAGCUACGGUACAAGUGCGGCGUUAUUGGCGUAAGUGAGACAUGGUUUUCAAGAAACAAACCAGCAGAAUUAUAUAUGCUGCCUGGGUACGAGUUGAUACACAAAGAUCGUGAAACGAGAGGAGGGGGCGUGGCGCUAUACGUUAAAUAUGAACUUGCAUUAAGAAACACAAAUAUUUUUGUACCGGAUAAUUUAGAAUGCGUAUGGACGAUGAUUGAGCAAAACUUUCCCUACCACGUGAAGAAACUCUUUGUAUGUUGCCUAUACCACCCACCAAAUGCACCCUCACACGACGAGUUGCUGGAGCAUCUCGUCACCACUGUGGAUGCUGUGCGAUCGACAUAUAGUGACACUCGUAUAGUAAUACUCGGUGACUGCAAUGAUCUGGAUGUGAACUAUCUAACAACACAACUUAGACUUCGAUGUAUCGUCACAACACCUACUCACGGGAACUCUACAAUCGAUCUUAUUUUAACGGACGCUGAAUUUUACAUAAAUAGCGAAACACAACCACCCAUAGGAUUGAGCCGUCAUCUAUGUGUAGUGAGUCGUCCCGAUGUCCAGCCCGAACAAUCUACUUACAGCGUUCGAACGUUUAGACCCUUCCUGGAUUCAUCUGUACGCCAAUUUGGUCAGUGGAUCACGCAUGAGGAGUGGAGGGAUGUGUUAGCGACUAGCGAUGCCGACGAAGCAGCAGACACGAUGGAGAGGGUACUGUUGGAGCGGUACGAGGCGUGUUUCCCGGAACGACGCCAGAGGAUGAGGAAGGAAAACAAACCUUGGAUCACCGCGAGGAUCCUGCGACUCAUGGAUGCGAGGCGACGCGCGUACGACCGUGGCAACUUGGAUCGCUGGAGAGAGUUGUAUCGCCAAAUCAAGUGGGAAAUUAAAAAUACCAAACGACAAGUAGGACUUAAUAUACAACAAAAUGAUAUUAGUUCCCCUAAAUUUUCCAUGAACGUUAAAGGUAUCUUAGGAGGUCAAAAGAAACCCCUUAAAAUACCCGUUUUGAGCCAUCUUACCAAUAUUGAAAUUUGCAAUACUAUCAAAUCACACUUUACCAAUAUUUGCACACAUUUACCCCCGAUUGACCCAUUGCAAAUUCCUAGUUUUUUACCGGCCUGCGAACCGCCAGUAAUAGACAGAAUAACUGUAUAUAAAGCACUUUUAUCCCUUAAAGCAAACAAAGCCUCACCACCGGGCUCGUUACCUAAGAAACUUUUGCAUGAAUUUGCGUAUGAAAUCAGUGAGCCUUUCACACAUGUAAUUAAAUUAAGUAUUGAGAGUGGUAUCUUCCCUCGUAGAUGGAAAGGGGCCACCAUCACCCCAUUGGCCAAAAAAAGAACAGUUAAUGAAUUAGGUGAUCUACGUCCCCUUUCCCUUACCCCCGAUUUUGGUAAAAUCUUAGAAGGUUUUGUAGCCCAACUAGUUCUCCAAGAUAUUAGACCAAAUUUAGACCCUAAACAGUAUGGCAAUCUAAAGGGGAAGUCACCUUCCCAUUAUUUGACCUCUUUUCUUGACACAAUUUUGAAAGCCCUAGACAAACCCAAGAAAAUUGCCCAAAUUGUUCUGAUAGAUUUCAAAAAGGCUUUCGAUUUGGUACGCUAUCAGGAUACUCUUUCUGACUGGGACAGCAUUACGUGCGGUGUACCUCAGGGCACCCGGCUCGGCCCAGUCAUUUUCCUAGCCAUUAUUGACAGGUUGUGUAGGAACACUGAUAUGCGAGCUAAAUAUGUCGAUGAUUUAACCCUUGCUGAGAUAGUCGAUGUAAACAAUGAAACUCACUUCACUAUGCCAAAUCUAUUGAAUGAACUUUCAGAAGGUUGUGCAUACGCCAAAAAUGACCCCAAAUCCAAUGAAAUGCGAACACCUGUGUGGCAUCCGGGACUCAAACAGGCCCAACACACUCGCCUGGAAAGAAUUCAAAAACGCUGCUUACGCAUAAUAUUGUCACCAAAUUAUGUCGAUUAUAACGACGCCCUUAAUCAACUGAGAUGUGACUCCCUAUACCAGAGACGAGAGGACCUUACACUCCGUUUUGGUAAAUCCCUCCUAGAGUCAAAUGAAUUCAGACACCUCCUCCCACAGUACCUGCACGAGAUCCAUGUUUAUGAAUGCUAUGACUCUGCCAGGACACCCCUCAUAGAAAUCAAGACUUCAAUGUUUUAG